AUGUCUACCGGCCCUAUUGCAACUUUAUCAAACCCUUGCGGAUCUUAUAACCCCGUUGUCGGCCCUCAACAUCGCCACCAUCUUCUUCGACGUACAGAAUCAGACCUAAACCCCCAUGAUCUACCCUAUUCAUCAUCAUCUGCAGCAGAAGAUAUUUAUGACCCUAGAUAUAUGACAAUGUUGGCUGCAUUUGAUCGAAUCAUUGAUCUAAUACAUACACACACCCCAGGCUCUUACUUUUGUCCCGAUCAUGAGGUUGUUUGCCACUGUGGAUCACACCCUAAUUCAACAGCUUAUCUUUGUGACCAUUGUACUCCUGCAGAUGCUGCUGCUCUUUCAAGUCGGCGAUCUAGUGGAGUUUCUUCCACAUGUGAACCUGGUGGAAUAGAAAUGUCAACUAGAGGAUCAGUCGAAACUAUCGCUUCGGCUGCUUCUAUGGCUUCACUUUCGUCCGAGGCUUCCUCUACCCUUUUCUCAAUGACUAGUAACUCCACUUCCAGAAGUAGCACCAUUGCAAGCUCGCGCUGCUCGUCAUGUCCUCCAGUUGCUCAUACAACUGGGUGCUCAACUACAAAUUCACUAAUGGUGUUGCUCAAUGUGGGAGGACGAGGUACUGCUGGUAAUUUAGUCGCGGCUAAGUCACCUACCACCAAAGCCACGUGCCCCGUGGUGGAUCCCGACUCGAGAAUGACGACAAGUGCAUAUGGGAAAACGAAAAGUCGUAAUGGUGGUGGUGCGUUUAUUAGUGCCGAUAAUACUACCACUAACACUACUAAUACUAGCAGCAAUACUACUACUACGAUUACUACUACUACUACUUAUGCAUUUAACUCUACUUCAACACAUAUAACCACCACCUCCAAUAAUAACAAAUCAACAAGCAAGAUGAUGGCUCUCAGACAGCUGUCGCCGUGCUCCGAGGCUUCAGCCGACACGGCCAAGCCUAAUGUGGUGGCUGCAAGUCCACUACCGGAACCUUAUUAUGAUGAAAGUAGUUUGAGCUUAGGUACUACGACGACUGUCACAACGACUGCCGACGGUGACCAGGCUCAGUUUCAUUUCGGUCGGCCGGCACGACUGUUGCGACAUCGAAUGCUUAAUUCGGAGUACUUUGAGCGUGCAGAUUUGGAUUUGAGUAGUGAUAGUGAGGAUGAGUUUGAAGAGGAGGAGGAGGAGGAGGAGGAAGAAGAAGAAGAAGAGGAAGUGGAAGAAGAGGAAGAGGAAGAGGAAGAAGAUAAUGGUGAAGAAGAAGAAGAAGAUGUUUAUGAAAUUGAAGAGGUUGAUGAACAUGAUGACUUUUUUGCUGAUUCUGAAGAAGAAGAAGAAGAAGAUGACGAUGAUGAUGAUGACGACGAUGAUGAUGAUGAUGAAUAUGAUAAUGAUAAUAAUGGCCAUCCAUUAACAAUAUUUAAAAAACGGCCAUCGAUUGUUACUUAUGGUGGUGACUUGUUUACAUCUACUGGAGUUUCAUCUUCGGAGGCCCAAACAUUGGUUGAGACUGAAGCUCGGUCGAGUUCUCGCCAGCCUAGUGUUAGUACUCGUGAGGUGACUCCAGAUACUCUUGUUCAACAGGAAGAAGAGCAUUAUAAUAAUGAUGAUGAUGAUGAUAAUGGUAAUGGUAAUAAUAACAACAAUAAUAACAAUGGUAAUAAUAAUGGCCGCCGAGGAAAUAAUGGUUCAACAUUUAAGGUUUACCAUCAUCACCAUAGCCAUAGCACUGGAGGAAUGGGAGUGGAAUAUUAUACAAAUCUUAUGGCUCGGUCUUCUCACCCGGCAGUUGCUGGAGCUUGUGCUAGGGCGCUGGCCGCCGCAACUAUAUCUUCAUCAUCAUCAUCAUCAUCAUCAUCAUCAUCAUCUUCGUCAUCAUAUCCUUGUUCUCCUACUACUGCUGCUACUGCUACUGCUACUACUAAUACUAAUACUACUACUCCGACUGAAACAUUAAAUAGUGGUUCAUCUUCUGGAGCUGGCUCUUGGCCUUGGUUUUUACGUGGCUUUGGACGCCACAAAAAAAGUGCAGCUAGUAUUUGUACAGUAAGUGGUGAUGGUACUACUAGUACUACUAGUACUAUUAGUACUAUUAAUACCACUACUCCUACAAUAGGUUGUUCAAAAAAUGGAGAAUCACAGCAGCAACAGCAGCAACAACAACAACAACAACAACGGGCACUAAGACCAGCACAAACAUUACCUCCACCUUCUUUGCUUGUAUCGUUUCUUCCACAUCAAUUUGAAGGACCAAUUACUGCCAAGCCAGUCGAGGAAAUAUUCCCCGCAGAUGAAAACUUGAGCAAUGGCUUGUGUCUUGGCCAAGAAGGCACUAGUGAACCCCACUUGAUUGAUGAAGAAGAACGACGACGACAACAACAACAACAACAACAAGAGGAAGAAGAAGAAGAAAUAGAAGAACAUCAUUCUGCACCGGAGGGUCGCCGGAAAAGUAUUGUGGGGAGUGUACGAGGGUUUUAUGCAGAAGUUAAAGCUUGGAGAAUGCAACGGAAAGCAGAGCGUGCUUUUCGAGAGUUACCAGUUGCAGCCAAGUGUAAAGCUCUUGCGAGAGAUGAGGGGGCUGCAUUUAUGGCCAUGAGUGCAGUUCGUCAUCAAGAAGGAGCUUAA